AGCAGAUUUUAAAGAGAAAAACGAAGACAUACACAAAGAAAGAAUAUGUAAAAGGUGUGUCGAUUUACGAUAAACAACACGCGGGCGCAAUAGUGGAGUGUCGUAAGAUCCGCGAAAAAUGUGAAUUCGAAAGAUAAAAUAUGGAUUUUCUCCAUUCAACAAAAGCUAGAAAAAGAUAUCUUCGAUAUCCAUCAUCAAUAUAUGAAGAAUUAGAAUCAAAACAUUAUUCUAUGCCGGCCGGAGAAACCGAUGAUCACGACACUUGGGUAACAGCCAGGUUUUCGCCUCACUUGAAUCAAGAGCACAUUUUGUACAUGGGAGAUGAUCCGGGAAAUAUAGGAAUUUUCGAUGUUCGCAAGUUUCAAGAUCGAUCAGUGCCUUUGGAAGAACGGCAACUUUAUUUUUUUCCCGCUCACGAUGGUGCAAUUAUGGACGUUGUAGGUGUUCCCCAAAAGGAAUCGCAAAUUGUUUCAAUAUCUGGAGAUUCUACUAUUCGAUGUUGGGAUUUAAAUCAAUCUACGUUGGAUCGAAAGUCCCAAGUGUUUUUUGGACACGAAGGAUCUGUACGGUCGAUCUGUUUCGCUCCGGAUGAUCCUAACGUUUUUGUGACCGGUGGACGUGAUUUCCAAGUCAAAAUCUGGGAUAUGCGAGUAUCCACAGUGAAGAAGAUGGAAGAAGAUUGUCGAAUGGCAACUAUCACAUACAAGACUGCACAUCCAAAACCAUCAAAAGUAUUAACAUCAGGAACUCCUAAAUCAAAAGCAAAAGCGAAAACGAUAGAAGGUUAUAAAGUGACAAGUGUUCUUUUUCUUGAUGAGCAUCACGUGGCAAGUGCUUCAGAAAAUGCAGAUAGUGGAAUACGAGUCUGGGAUAUUCGAAAACCGACAAGAAACGGAGAAGGCCAGCCAGCCAGAAUUCUAAAAGUUCCCACAUCCAACAAAAAAUCGUAUGGGGUGACUUGUCUGACAUUAGAUCGUUUUGGUAAUCGACUGUUUGCGUCAUGCACCGAUUCUUCAAUUUUCGAGUACUCCGUUCCAUCGGAGUCUGUUUCACCGAUUAAUUCCUACACUGGCGCCACCAUUCACAACUUUUAUACCCAAGUCGCCUGCUCUCCGGUUUCUGAUGUGAUCGCAUGUGGAAGUGAGGAUAGUCGGGCUGUUGUUUGGGAUCUUCAGGAUCAAUACAACUACAUGAAUGAUCGAAAACUUCCGGAUGAUAUUGACAAGCGGAGAACGAAACUUCCGCGAUUUUCCUGCGAUGGUCAUCUUAAGCAAGUGUUGAACGUCGGAUGGAGUUCUCGUGGAACAUAUUUCAUGUCUUGUGAUGAAGGAGGCGUCCGAAUCUGGUCAGAGCCUAGGAAUAGAUGUACAUGGAAGUUGAAUGACGAAGAUGAUACCUCUUACCCGACUACUUCCCAGGAGCUCGGACUUUCAUACGAAAAAAUCAAGAAAUUUGAGCUAAAAGAAUCUGAUGAAGCUAUGUCGUGUUUCGAUAGUAUUUCCUUAUCACCCAGACAGCGAGCUGAUUCUUCCGGACUAAGUGGAUCACCACAGAAGAAUCGAGGAUCGAAAAGACCUAUAUUUGAAAGCCCGUUAAAAUCAAUUUGCACAAAUAGUCCAAAACCUCUCAGAUUGAAUAGAUCUCCGAGAGCCAAGAUGAGCAAAUUAUCUUUCUCCCCACCAUCACCACUUCAACCAACUAAUUCAAAUAACCAGGAUCUUGUCGGCUACCGUACUCCCCGACAAAUCCGUAACAAAAAGAAGAAGAAUAAUCCAUUUUACAACGAGCAUCCAACUGAGGGUCUGCCAAACUUUGUCUACGAUACAUUCGUCAAAAAACUCAUAGGAGAAUCUUCAAAAUCUGAUAUUGAAGAUUCCGGAAAAUCGUUGAGCAAGACUGGACAGAAGAGAAUCGAAGACUGGUGGCAAACCAAGGGAGAAAAUGUGGCAACAGUGACAAGGGCGAGACUCCCAAGUGUCAGUGAAUUCGGUGAAUCAGCAUGCUCAAAAGUUAUAACCGAAGACGAACGGAUCGCUCUUCACUCUCCGCGUAAACUUGUUCUCAAAUCAUCUUCAACCCAAUCUCCGUGCCCAUCAAAUUCAAAGCCUAAGCCCAUCCCAAUGACUCCACGAAAACCGAUGGAUAAACGACCGACAAGUCGUAAUCUGUUACACUACUUCAAAAAGUAGAAAUUGUGUGUAGAAUUAAUUGUUUUAUCUCUUUCCCAACCCAUGUUGCUAUGUCAUAAGUAUUUUCACUCCCCUUCCCCAUUUUCAUCAGUUCUAAACUGUAAAUACGUUCCUUUUUUUUCGUUUUUAUCCCCGAAGCCUAAUCAUCGUCGGUAAAAUAGUGAAAAUCUGUAAAAGUAAAUUAAAAUUUUUAUUUUUAA